CUUCUAUCCACUUCGCCCCACUUCAUCCGCCUGGCUGUAUUGGACCCAUGUAUUAUGCCUGCAUCGGACAAACUGGGUCAAACUAAUGAACCACUUUUUGAUCCAGACAGUGACUCAGCUAAGCUGGGCAUCGCUCUACGUCGUGUCGGUUGGGCAAGCUAUGUCGCGCAAUCCCGAGAUGAAUCUGACGCAUUAAUUGAAAUCGAUUUGGAAGCAAUUCGCUCCCGCCUGUUAACACAAGCCAUUGAAGCCCAGGCACCGGAGGAAUUGCUCGACUGUCUCCGCCUGUCUCGUGUGUUGCCUGAUCCCAUGCGACGUCUACUCACAGAUCGUGUCCGAUCCACCGGGUCCGUUCUGUCCACAUUGCUCAAAAACAGUCCAUCACGAGUUUACUCAAAGGGUGUAUUGCGUCGUCACUUAGUCUUGGCAGCUCGUCUGAUAGAUGAGCUGGAUAGGGCCAGGGGCUUAUGGUCUCCUAGGGAUAGAAAUUCGGAGACAACAAAAACAACCGAAACGCAGGUCGUUGUGGACUCGGAAUCAACCGAUACCGGCAAACCAAUGGAUGCGAGCCCACCACCAGAGAUGCAACGAACAACGGCCGACCUGGAGGAAAUAGAUGACAUGGAUGAUGAGGGUACGGAGAGCAAAUCACAGGAUAAACGUGAUCGAAUUACUUCAAUCGAUGAACCUGCUGUAACAGCCGCAGUCGCGGAACAAACCUCCUCCUCGAUCGAUCCGGGUGAAGAUUUGGUCAUCGCGGCAACUAUGCUAAGCUCAGUUGUUAGCAAAAAUCCUCUACUGAACGGACUGACUGAUUACCUGGUCGAUGAGGGCAACGCGGAAGAGGAGCUGCUUCUUUCCGGUGGUUUUCAAGCCAUAUCCUUUAUGCCCGGCAUUGCUGCCCCGGUGGGCAUGGGAACUGUGGUCCCGGCUGCAGACAACACGGAAAUGCUCCAAGUGCUUGAUCGCCUCAUUCUGUACUUGCGAAUAGUCCACUCCGUUGACUUUUACGCACCUGCAUUGUAUGUGAACGAGGAUGCGAUGCCUCAUCCAUGCCUGCUGUUGCACUUGUUUGCGAAUCAGUUGCGACGUUUAAUUCGGUUGGUUCGUCCACUUUCUGCAACCGACUGUGAGAAACUCGGACUUCGUGAUGUUGAAGAGGUUGUGGAAGCGUUUGUCAAGGCUAAUACGCGACGAAAAAAGCGAAAAACUAUGAUUCAUUUGUUGCGCAGUACCGAUGAUCCACUGUGGAUUGUUCAUCCUACUGAUGUGAUUUGGGUGUGUUCUUUGUCGGACAAGAAGUUUCGCGAUCCAAUCUACGUGAAAAAGCACAUUAUGAACAAACACAUGGAAAAAGUGGAGGCUGUGAAAAAGGACACGGCAUUCUUCUUCAACAAUUAUUUGAUGGACCCCUUGCGACCUCAAUUGCCUCUUGAGCCCCGUCUACCCAGCAAAAGACGCAGAUCACGGUCGCGCGCCGAUUCCAAGUCACACGGCCACGUGCCCAAUAAUGAGCCGGUAGUCUCGCAUAUGAACGAUAAUCUAAGAGGCAUUCCAACUCGGGAACGUUCCAACACGGACCAGAGCGGUCAACGGUGGUACGGUGAACGACGUUUCCGGGAAGACAAUAACUCGCGUCCGUUCUAUCCGUCCAAUCCUUUUGGUCGGGAUCAUGGCCUCUCGGGAUCGUUGGGACCUCGACCAUAUGGUCGAAUGCCUUAUUUUCAGCCCAGAUUACCAUUCAACACUCAGCGUGGUCGAUAUUUCGGUUCUGGAUCAAACUAUCAAGGCAUGAGACAUGGAUUUCAACGUCGACCUUAUGUGGAUCUGGAUGCACCGUGA